AAAUUAAAUCACUGCAAAUUUAUUGUACAACUAUACGCCUUGAUCACUAUUAAUAAGUUAUUUUCUACUAACUGCUGUAAUUUUUAAUUUUUGUUCGCAUUAACAAUAAGAAACAAUGAAGAUCGUAUACGUGAUGUGGACCCUGGCAAUGAUGCCCGCUGUGUGGGGCUGGUCGGCCUGCGUACCGCUGUGUGAGGGGCGCGUGGGGGCCGCCGUCCCCGACCCUAGCAACUGCACGCAGUUCUACACCUGCGUGGAUGGGGUGACGCCCCAGGGGCCCCACGCCUGCAACGUCCUAGAGUAUUUCAACCCCAACGCCCCCGCCGGUGGGGCGUGCGAGCCCCUGUCUGAGGCCCCUGUGGGGUACUGCACCUCCCCAUGCAGCCCAUGUGAUUUCCCCUGCGACAUCCCCGGCCAAAUUCUCCCCGACCCUUUCAACUGCACCAGGUUCUCCAUUUGCCUCCAGACUGGGGAACUUAUAUCCCAAAGCUGUGAGGCUGACAUGUACUAUGACUACAUCAACCAUGAAUGUACUACCGACGUGACCAUGUGCUACACUAGCUGUACGGAAUGUACAAGUUACUGCACACAUCCUGGGCAGUUAAUUCCUGACAACGCAGACUGCACUGCUUUCUACUACUGCGAACCGCCAUAUAAACUGCACAAAACCUGUCCUGACGGUCAGAACUUCGACGCUGACACCGGCGUCUGUUCGCCUGACGUCGAGUGUCAGCAGUGCUUGUUUAACGUCACCUACGAUGAAGACGAUCUUGAAGAUUAUAGUUUAUGGUGAUAAAAUGAUAGUUAAUUACUAAAUGGGUGCAAUGGUUGCUUACGAUGUGAAUAUUGACAGCGAGAACAGUGAAGUGUGAUGCAGUCUUAGUGAUGGACGGUUGCUUAUUGUGGUUAUAUUGUAGACAUCGGUUGCAGAUUGUGGUUAUAUUGUAGACAUCGGUUGCAGAUUGUGGUUAUAUUGUAGACAUCGGUUGCAGAUUGUGGUUAUAUCGAAGACAUCGGUUGCAGGUAUCCUUGACUUGGUGAAAGUCGGUUGCGAAUGGUGAUUUUCUUAAGAACAUCUUUGCUUGCACAAAUAGAUGUACAAUUGAAAAUUAGUUGCAAAAUGGGACUAUCUUAGAUAGACUAUCUAUCUAUAUAGACUAUCUAUCUAUCUCUUAUCUUAUUGGUUGCCCUCAGAGAUGUAAUAGUGAUAAUAGGUUGCAAAUAGUGGCUAUCGAGCGAAUGUCCAGAGGGCGGUUAUGCUCGGUACAGAUUUUAACAACAAAAUCCUUCAAAGUUGAAAUGCCCCUAAAGUUGAAAUUGGUGCUGCAGUUGAGAAGUUGUAAGAUAAAUGGUUACGCUGAAGUUGGUUCGGUGAUGAUCCGCAGCACGAGGUGUUUGUUACAUUUAUGAGUACGAAUUUUUUGGGUAUUAUUAAUAACCUCAAAAUAGAUGUAAUGAUAGUCUCAUAAUGGAUGUAAUGAUAACCUCAGAAUGGAUGUAAUGAUAACAUCAGAAUGGAUAGCCUCAUAAUGGAUGUAAUGAUAACCUCAGAAUGGAUAGCCUCAUAAUGGAUGUAAUGAUAACCUCAGAAUGGAUAGCCUCAUAAUGGAUGUGAUGAUAACCUCAUAAUGGAUAGCCUCAUAAUGGAUGUGAUGAUAACCUCAUAAUGGAUUUUAAAGACCAAAAAACAUUGCACUUCUAACUGCGAGCAUAAGCUGCAACAGAAAGAAUACUUCCUCGCUAAAAAUAUAAUUAAGUGAGACUUUGUUAAUACAUCGAUGUACUUCUUACCCUUGCUACUCUUACUCUACCCUACUCUUACUCUUACUACU